AUGCCCGCUUCUCCCCACAACAUCCUUCUAUUUUACGGGUCCUACCGCGCCGACCGCGCGGGUAUCCGCCUGGCCAACUACCUCACCAAGCAGUUCCAGGCGCGCGGAGCCAAUGCCGAGCUUAUCGACGCCAAGGUUUGCAACUUUCCCAUCCUCGACAAAAUGUACAAGGAAUACGCUCCCGGCAUGGCUCCAACCCACCUCGAGACGCUGGCCAACAAGAUCAAGGCUGCUGAUGCGUUUGUAUUCGUCACGGGCGAGUACAACUGGGGUCCCCAGCCUGGUCUCAAGAACCUCACCGACCACUUUCUCGAGGAGUGGUUCUGGCGUCCGGCCGCAAUCGCGAGCUACUCGGCCGGCAGGUUCAGCGGCACACGCUCCAGUUUCGUAUGGCAUGCGAUGCUGUCAGAGAUGGGCAUGAUUGUCGUCUCGAGCACCAUUGCCGUUGGCGGUAUCACCAAGACACUCAACGAAAAUGACGAGCCGACUGGCGACUCUGGCGCUUCCCUUGCACGGUCAUUCCCGACGUUUGCCGACGACCUUGCAUGGUGGACCGAGGCGGCUAUCAACCAGCGCAAAAUCAAGGCUCCGCCCUUCUAA